ACUUACCAUGUCAACUAGUGAUCACGAAGAAGAUUUCGCCGAUUUGUUUGGAGGAUCAGACGAAGAAGAAGUCAAGCAACCAGAGCACACCUUUCAAAAGUUUCAACGGCAACCCGAGUUUGUCCUGGAAGGCACUCCCUCCGAAUUAGAAUUACGUCUUGUCGGCUCUCAUCCCCUUUGGGCACAUUAUCUGUGGAAUGCAGCCAAAGUGUUUGCAACUUAUUUGGAUGAGCACAAGGAUCUGUGUGGCGGAAAAACUGUCCUAGAACUUGGAGCAGGAGCAGCGCUUCCUGGCCUUAUAGCAGCCAUCAAUGGCGCCAAAAAGACCGUUGUUACUGAUUAUCCCGAUCGAGAACUGAUCGAAAACAUAGAGUACAAUGUCAAAACUAAUUUGUCGUCAUUGUAUGAGCAAAAUGCUGUAUCAGUAAAGGGCUAUGUAUGGGGUACCAAAGUUGGUGCGUUACAAGAAGAGCUACCAAAUGAAGAAACCAAAUACGAUAUCAUCAUUUUGAGUGACCUUAUUUUCAACCACUCUCAGCACCAUGCUAUGCUAAGAACAUGCCGUGAACUAAUCAAACCUAAGACUGGCGUGGUUCUAGUGUUCUAUACCCACCAUCGACCCCAUCUUGCUCAUCGUGAUGUACAAUUUUUCGAAAUAGCUCAACGGCCGUACAAUCCCGACACUGACCCAGAGAACUGGGAUGAGGUUGGCUAUAGCUUCCAUGCCGAGGAAUUCUUGACUCAAAAUAUGGGAGUCAUGUUUGAGGAAGAUCAAGGUGACCAAACCGUUCGAUCCACUGUACAUGGAUGGAAACUUUGGUUAGAUUAAAAGAAGGAUGUUUCGAGAUUAUUAUUCUGCUCUGACGAGCAUAUACAUAGACCUUUUUUUUUUUUUGCAAAUCAACGAAAAUAUUUCACUGAUCCUCUGUGCCAGCGCAGCACUGCUUUAAAGUAUUACAACUGUAGACUGCUUUCCAUUUUUAAUGCCAAGAACAC